AUGUCACAAACGUCUCAAAGGUGGUCGUGUAAAGAUCUUAAGGUAAAGACUCCAAAAUCAGAAGUAGGGAAUUACAAUGAAUUUACCUUCAAUUGCUCCACAUGCGAGUACGUCAUUAUUGAUUCCAAGGACUUUAAAUUCCUUGAUAUGCCAUCCGAAUUUUGGUACGAGUUGAUGGAUUAUUGGCAUUGUCAUAAACCUGAUAAUCAUGAUCAUCACGAAAAGAACUACAAUGGUUCUCUCAAACCUCCUAAUGAUAAGACCAUUGUGAUAGGAAGUAACUAUUUAUUAGUGAAAUUUACAGAUACCAUAGAUUCCAUUGAAUCCAAGAAAGUUCAAGUUCAUUGUCAACAACACUUCAUAUUAUUUUUGGGUAUUAGCUAUUGGGAUAGAUGUAUCAAUAGAAAACACCAUUCUAAAGAAUUCAUUGAAGCUAGUAUUUAG